CUCGUGGAGAAACAAAUCCUGCACAGAUUUGGCUCCGGUACUCCUAGUACACGUACCACCGGUUCAGGAAUCCACCAAAAUGGCUCCGAUACUCGUUCGUCAGUCCUCCGACAGCGGUGACACCUGCCCUAGUACUAUAUCCGGGGGUGGCAUCGCCGGAAUCGUCAUCGGAUCGAUCGCAGGCACGCUUCUACUGAUCUGGCUGUGGAAAGUGUGCAAUCUACAGGGCGCCUGGAGCGGUGGAGAGUCUGAUGUUGGAUAUGUUCCUGGCUCGGGAACAGGGGGUCGACGGCGCAGACGGCGCACGAGUAGCCCGUCUAUGGUGGAAUACGUGGAGAAGGGGAGCCGUUCGCGACCGAGGUAUCGGGAUGAGCCGAGACGGCCGGCGAGGGUGUAUAUGACCUGAUUCAGCGGAUCUGAACGAUUGACGAACUGUUAUGUCUGUUAUGUCUGCUAUGGUUAUGACUCGGAUGUUUAUGACGACAUGUCUCGGAGGUGUUCUUUUUUGAUAACUCUCCAACGGGUGUCUUAAACAAGUGUGCAUUGACAACAUUAAAAUAGCACGACUCGGUGUACUAAGCGAGAAACAAGCAUUGUGCAUUGACUGUCACUAGAGGUACUCGGUAGACACAGAAAUAGAGCACUGUGGCCAUGACACGCUAUGAAUGCCGGAAUAGAACCGUACCGGGCCCCGUAAAGAUAAGCCCCUUUUUUGUUUGCCACCACUCCUAUAUUAAAAGUUCAGGGUCUGUGGCGGACCCUCAGACGGCACUAGUUUCAG